GGUGAACGAGCCUCUGUGUCGAGUGUGCUUGUGCGGGUUUAUUCUAUUCCAGGGGCGAGUGUUAUUAUAAGGCCUACAAUUGAAUGCACCUGCAUUGAGCGAAAUAUUACUCUGUUGAAUAAUAUAUUUUAACACAUGCUCAUUUGAAGCGUUUCUAGCAAAUAACACAAUCAAGAUAAACAUGGCUGAAUUACCGAUGGGGAAAGGGGUCUCCGCAGGAAAAAUAGCAAGCAAUGUACAGAAAAAAAUUACCAGGGCUCAGGAAAAGGUUCUCCAAAAGCUUGGCAAGGCAGAUGAGACUAAAGAUGUGGCAUUUGAAGAGGGUGUGAUCAACUUCAACAAACAGCUAGUCGAGGGUACCAAACUGCAGAAAGACCUUCGGGCCUAUUUGGCUGCUGUGAAAGCCUUGCUGAUGUCUUUCUCAUGGUUUCCCCCAGCCAUGCAUGAAUCUUCUAAACAUCUGUACGAGUGCCUGGAUGACAUGUAUGAGGCUGACUGGUAUGGCAAAAAGGAUGUGGACUCACUCCUGGAGGAUUCAGACCUCCUUUGGACAGACUUCCAUCAGAAACUUGUGGAUCAUGCGCUUAUAUCCAUGGACACUUACCUGGGCCAGUUUCCUGACAUCAAAGCUCGUAUUGCAAAGCGCGACAGGAAGCUGGUGGACUAUGACAGCGCAAGACACAACUAUGCUGCGUUGAACAAAGGCAAGAAAAAGGAGGGGAUCAAGAUCACCAAGCCAGUUUCCCUGCUGGAGAGGGCUGCCCCAGGCUGGGCACAGGGCAUCCUGUCUGCUCAUAACGUGGCUCAAACCAACCUCACCAGGAGUCAGGCAGAGGAAGAGCUGGAGAAAGCACAGAAAGUGUUUGAGGAGAUUAAUAUAGAUUUGCAGGAGGAACUGCCAUCUCUGUGGAACAGUCGUGUUGGCUUUUAUGUGAAUACAUUCCAGAGCAUGGCUGGCCUGGAGGAGAAGUUUCACAGAGAAAUGGGAAAAAUUAAUCAGAAUCUGAAUGAUACGCUGGAGAAAUUAGAAAAUCAAGAUAUGUCCAGAAAAACAGGUAGCCAAGGGGUGAGGACAUCAGCAGCCCAGAAGAGUGACAGAACACAAGAUGCCAAUCACACGUUGAGCCCAGGAGGACUGCCAGCCAUUCCCAAAUCUCCGUCCAAGCUAAAGCCUGUGGUUCCUCCACCUCCUAAAGUUACUCCAUCAAAGGAUAUGAAGCAGGAGAACAUUAUCAAUCUGUUUGGUGAGGCUGCCACACCAAACAUCAGUGUCACUUCGCCAACACAGUAUGAUGCUCCAGCCACUGCUAAUCUGCUUGACAUGGAUCUGGACUCACUUCAGGCUGCCACCACACCAGCCGCACAGACUUGGGAUUCAUGGGAGCAAACACAGAAUGAAGCUGAGGUGCCUCAGACAUGGGACGAUGAUGAUACCCAGCCUGUGCACUUUGGCUGGGGCGAUGAUGGCACUCAGGCUACCUGGGAUGAUGAUGGUAGCCAACCUGUGCAUGCUCCGGCCGCAUACCCCGCCUGGGAUGAUGAUGGCUCUCAGGGGAAUGUCAGUGAUUCUACCCUGCAGGCCCCAGGGUGUGACGAUGAUGGGGCUCAGGCCACAGAAAAGGCAGCUGUUACAGAAGAGGUGGUGGCUGAAACUGAAACUGCACAGGCGACCACAGAGAGUGUAGAGAUGCCAGAAUCCUUCCUGUUUAAAGUGAAAACGAUGCACGACUACAAUGCCACUGACUCCGAUGAGUUGGAGUUGAAGGCUGGAGAUGUGGUGCUUGUAAUGAGCUAUGAAAACCCAGAAGAGCAGGAUGAAGGGUGGUUGAUGGGAGUCAGAGAGUCUGACUGGGUUCAGAGUAAAGAUCUUGGGAAAAAAGGGGUCUUUCCUGAAAACUUCACCCAGAGGAUGUGAAAGCCUGUGAUCCGCUUGAUCUUUUGUUAAACCCCUUCUACAUAACUCCUUACUGCUUCCCUUCAAAAAACACUGUACUAGACCAACAAAUGCACAGCCACAGGCAGUCUGCUGGUUAUGUUUGUGAAAGCUGUUGACAAGUUAGUAUUUGCAUUGUUUUGGGUGUCCUCACUGUGACUCAUAUUUGACAUGGUGCAAGUUUAAAAAGAUUGCAUCAACCUUUG